UUCGUUUCGGGGUCCUGACAAAGAAAGUCGCAGACGAACUGCAGCAUUUAGCAUCUCUGCUAAACCCCAACAAACACCGAAACUAUAUCAAAAUAAACUAAAGCUAGCGCGUGAACUAUGACCUUCAAUCACUUCGGCGGAUUUUUUAAUUGUACAAGCAUGAUAAAAGACUUGCAUGUCUGUGAAGAAUGAUGCAUAUGAAGAUUGUGGAUUUAGCACUGGACUAUUGUUGUUCCUCAUGUCAAUGAUGCCAGUCGGCACUUAAAGAGACCGCCAUCCUUCCGUUGGACUCGCUGAACCUGUCCGAAAAGAUUCUGGAUUCACAAAAAAAAAAAAUAUAUAUAUAUAAGAUUUAUGCAAAAAGUUGAUGAAUUCAGACAAUAGUGCUGUGAAUAAUUGAAAGGGGUUACUGCAUGAAGUUUCCCAUCAGCAGGUGAAUGAAGGCUUGUCAUUGAGAUGCUGUAAGAGGUAUUGAUCAUCAAUACAGUGAUCAGAGAAGAUGGACAAGAAAUCAUUUGAUAUCGUUUUGGACGAGAUCAGAAAGUGUGUUUUGACAGAUCAACGAAUCAAAGCAAUUGAACAGGUUCAUGGGUAUUUCUCCAGUGAACAGGUGAUUGACAUUUUGAAAUACUUCUCCUGGGCAGAGCCCCAGAUAAAGGCUGUCAAAGCCUUGCAACAUAAAAUGGUUGCAAUUCCAACAACAAAGGUUGCAAACAUCCUUAAUUGUUUCACGUUCUCAAAGGACAGAAUAAUUGUACUGGAACUCAUAGCUCUAAAUAUUUCUGAUGCCCAAAACUACCAUCCUGUGGAGGAUGUGUUUCGUAUUCACCUUUCUGAGAAGAAACAUGCAAGAAGAAUCCUAGAGCAGGUGUGUAAAGUUGGAUGUAAAGCUCCAGUGGCGAUGAUUUCAUCCUGUGGGAUGAUCCCAGGGAACCCUUAUCCCAAAGGCAAACCCAGUCAGGUCACAGGGACAUUCCCUGGAAUUUCUGCCAAAAAGGAUGGAGAGGAUGCAACCCUGGAUGGAAAGGGAAUUGCUGCGCGCAUACUCGGACCAAGCAAACCGUCACCAUCAACAUACAAUCCACACAGACCUGUGCCAUAUCCUAUUCCGCCAUGUCGUCCACACGCCACCAUUGCUCCAAGUGCGUACAACAACGCAGGUCUGGUGUCAGUAGGUGGGGUCAUCACUGCCACUGUGCCACCCCCACCUUACCGAGCCACUCUCAAUUCGGCAGGUUACAGCCGACCUGGCAGUCAACAAAAUCCAACCUCCAACAUCUCUGGCACACCUGCUAUUUCUCCUCAUAGCUCCACCCCAUCUACUCCCGUCACCCCCCAGCCUCAUCCUACCACACCAAUCACUCCAGUUUUCCCAGGCAUGGUCCCAUCCCAGAAUCCUGUAACACCCUCCCCUACUCCUGCACCCUCUCCCUCAGUCAUCAAAGGGCCUCCUGCCCCAGCUGGCUCUCCCCAAGUUGCCUCUAACUCCAGUGGCCACACUACACCUGUUCCCUCUCCAUUCCCUGGCAUGCCCCCUUCUGGUAGAAACACCCCUUCAGUCAUCAGAAGUCAUACCCCAUCUGGAACACCCUGUGGUACACCCGGGCCAAGUACAAGCAUCCCUCCUUCUCCGUUCCACAAUGCUCCCCGUGCCGAAACACCUUCCGGUGGCCUCACACCUACUCCCAGAGCGACUGGCAACCCCUCGACUCCUCAUGGAGCUGUGGGAUUACCCUCAAAGAAGGGUUACCCACCUUCCUCAGAUUCCCAGUCAGCACUUCCAUUCCCAAGCACUACCUCUACCCAGUCACAUUCAGUUAUCCGUAGUUACACCCCCUCAGGAAUGUCCUCUCUAACUCCUGGACGCUCUACUCCCAUCAUGCAAGGUGUUGGAGGAUUAUCAGUGGCUCCUGCUGCUCAUAGUCCUAAACCCUUGACAUCCCAGGCAGCCAUGAUUAGCCCUGCUUUCUUUAGCGAGCAGACUGCCAACUCCAUGGCCCGGCAUGGGGGAGGUAGUGGAAGCAACAGUCCUGUCCAUUCCGCUUUCAAAGGUCCCUCUCGCUCUGGCACCCCUUCUCUUAGCUCUCUAGUAAUGCCUAACUCAGCUGUCCUUACCCGACCUGUGGGCAUGGCCCAUGGUGCUGCCUCACCACAGUCUUCGUUGCCCAGCUCCAUAGCCGGACUGCACAGUCUUUCCUCUGCUCUGGGCUCUCAGUCUGGAAGCAGCCCUGCUCCGCAUUUUUCAGCAAUGUCUCCUUUUUCUGGAGCCCAAUCCUCCAUUUCCUCUCCAUCCACUCCUACUCCUCCGGUCUCAUCUGUGUAUUCUGGUUUAGCUCACUCUAGUGCUCCCACUCACUCCCCCUUUGGCCUGGGAUUGACCACAGGUCCCUCAGUGUUCCCGGGUCUUCCUCCCGGCCCAAACCCUGCCUUCCCAGGGUUUGGAGGCACUGGACCCCCUUCAGCAGGUAGUCCAGUGCUGUCCUCCUUAAUGGGGCUUCCAGGUGCCUCUUCCUCAGUAGCCACCGUUGCACCUCUCCAGGCAGCAGUCGCAGCGGCCGCCGCCGCAGCAGGAGUCCCCUCCUCUUCUCCUGUGCUUCCUGGAUUCGCCUCUGCAUUCAGCUCUAACUUCAACCCUGCUCUGGUUGGCCAGGCUGGACUAACUGGAAGUCUUCAGGCCCCUGGAGGUGGAGCUUUCCCAGGGUUGCUGUCUUUCCCCCCAGGGAUGCCCAGCUUCUCCACGACAGCAUCUCCUGUUGCCCUCUCUGGUCUACACAACUCCGCAAUGCAAUCUGCACUUUUGCAGGCUCACUCAGCAUCAGCGCUGGACAAUUUCCCUCCCCAGCCGAAUGGAUUCACUAACUACCCUGCAACCGCUGGUUCGAGCUUCCCUCUGCAGCCUGGCCUGCACCCAUCACUGGGCUGGCAAUAGAGAGCAUUAAGAGGACAGGCAUAUCGGAAACUAUGAGUGGGUGUGUGCGUGUGGUGUGAGUAAACAAUGCAGAACAUUGUGGACGGUUGUGCUCUGCAUGAAAAAGACGUGUCUGAAAGGGUUAGUUCAACCAAAUAUUUUAAUUCUGUCAUUAAUUACUCACCCUCAUGUCGUUCCAAACGCGCAAGACC